CACUGCAGUACUAAUAAUAUGUGACGGGGUCUCUCUUCUAAAGGCGGGCACCUAACACAUAAAUUCAGAAUACAGGAAAUUUAACUAUUGAGCUGCUUGGUCAUUUAUUAUGAGUUUAUCCAAAGAACAGCUGACGGCAGCAGCCACCGAGCAACCGCGACAGCCGAAAUGCACCAGGUGUCGCCACCACGGGAUCAUCGUCCCUCAGAAAGGUCACAUCAAGUUCUGCCCGUUUGCUAAUUGCGACUGCUGGAAGUGUUAUCUCAUCACACAGCGAACUCGGCUCACAGCCCUUCAGCGAAAUCUGAAUAAAGCUCAAAGUAAACCCCAAAAGAAAGAGCAGCGACCCGGAGCCAGUUCGGCGAAACCAGCAACUGAGAAGACACCUGAAGUUAGCCCAGCUGCUACGACUGGAGGUGGUCGUCCGUCGACCUCGGAGAGUGCUGCCGCUGCCGCCGCCGCUCGGAGCUUUCACGAUGUCCGGAGUCGACCUACCGCGGGAGGAGAGCGUGUUGCCGGCCUAGACAGCAGAGAAGUGCUGCCCUUUGCUUCAAAAGUGGCCGAGGAAGGCCCAUAUGCCCCUUACUUCGGUGAAUUAGGGCAGUCUGCACCUCUGCCUGUUGUUCACUUCAUUCAUUACCCCAGCAGCUAUGCGUCAUAUGGUAACUUCCUGUUUAGCAUGCCAUGGUCACCACCCAUGCCUGCUGGGUACAACGACGGCCUCCACGGACCCUUAACGUUCCCCCACUUCCAGCAGGCUGCUCUACAUUGUCCACCAGAGCCUGGACCUCCUGCUGUUAGUGAUUUGAGACAAGUCUUCUUCACCCUUCAGCCGCCUACACUCCCUGAGCCCCUCCAUGAGGAGUUGAUGCCCAGGCAGCCCCCACAGCCCCCACAGCCUCCUCUGCCCAAACACAACAAGCAAAACAUGGAAGAGCUGCAGUAAAGCACUGCACACUCGACGAUGCUGUGCCAUGUUUCUGCACUGUUGGCAUUAAUGUUUCUGCACACUGGGCUUGGCAUUAUUAAAGUUGACCUAUUACAGUAGAGUUUACAUGCCAUUUUUUCUGUUGGCAAUGUGUUUGUUUAGAAAAAAACAUAAAUAAAUGUUGUUGAAAUACUUUUAA